UAUGUGUCAACAUACAUAUAUGUGACCGUUUACUGAGAUAAUAAACUUUAAAUGUCACCGACAAUUCACAAGUGAUUUUUUUACAAAAUGAAUGCUUUCGGAUUGUUAUUAUUUUUCGAACUUCUUCACAUAGUUUAUGGUAACGAGAAGCCGGUGUUUACGGUGACACAACCGACGACGGUGUUUUUUGACGAGGGCACAAACACACCGGCGGGGACGUCCCUGUACACUUUCACCGCAACCGACAGCGACCUUACGCUGGUAUACCUUAGUUACGAGUAUGAUCCGGUGGAAAGCAGCGACAUGUUUGAGAUAAAUGAAACUCAGACCGCAGGCGAAAUCACAGCCGAAGUUAAACUGAAAGACCUCCGUGAAUUUGAUUACGAAGUACAGAACGCCUACAAGAUAUAUGCGCGCGCAUACGACGGCGUCCAGUACUCGGGGUUAAGCGGGGUGCUGCUUAAUAUCGUGAUUAAUGACAUCGGGGAAACUCCUACACUUGACCCCCCAACGACGUCCCAAUCUUUUAGUGCGGAAGAGGGACCGGCUGGCAGUAAAAUCGGUGACCCGAGCUUCGUUGUGGUUGACGCGGAUAGCGCCGAAAUUCAUACCUGGACCGUUACCGGGGGAACAGGUGAAGACUUUGUCAACGUGAACGUCUUGAACGGCACUUUGACGUUGAGAAAAACGUACGAUCGAGAAAACACCGCGUUAACGGAGGAAGUUUACGUCAAUAUCUCCAUAGCGGACCGCUUCGGGCUUACUGUCGAAACCGCUUACUACGUGACGUUUAGCGACACGAACGAUAACAUACCGACGUUCAGCCCCUCUUACUAUACGUUUGACAUGAACAAUGAAAACAUCUCUGUCGGUGACGUUCUUGUGACGUUAACGUACACGGAUCUGGACGCUGACAGUCCAAACAAUGAGGUCACACUGUCCCUCGAUACGUCGAACAGCUACACGGACUAUUUCGAACUUGUUGAAUCCAACAUAACGCUCUCGAUCAUGAAUGACCUGGUAUACGGCGACGGACCAUUCACCUUCUACGUGUUGGCUACGGACGACGGUGACACUCCGCUAACAGGAACCGCAACCAUAGAGUUCGGGUUGCCAACAGCCACCGACCCAACCCACACGACCACGACUCUUAUACCUCCUCAGUCCACGGGUGGCGAUGAGAUGGCCUCCAACACGGAAAUGGUCGGCGUCAUGAUUGCCUGCUGUUUUAUUGCAGCUGUGAUAAUCAGCUACCUGUUGGUAUUAUGUUGGCGAUGGCACACGUACGGACAGUGUCUACCGAACUCUUUGAGAUCUGCCGAUUGCUGCUCUCUUCCCAACAAUGACGAGGACGAGGAUGAACAAAUUAUUGCCAGCAUCCCGAAUGUACACGGAAAAGAUGGUUCGGGACUAGGAAAACAGUAUGGUAACUACUAGCCACAACUCUGACCACAGACAUUGGAUUAACACUAACGAAAGUAACAAGCGACUUACUGGAUAAGCGGGUCUUUUCAGACGGACUUGUGAUAUUUGAUAUUGUUUUUGUGUGUGCAUGUUUCAUACUAGUCAUUAGAAAAGUUGCGUGCACAUUAAAUUUGUAAACAUGUUUAAACGGUCAAUUCAUAGAGUAACCAUGCAUAGUUCCAUAGAUACCCAUUCUUAACAGAUUCUCACAAUUGAUUAAAUUUAGGUUUAGUGGUCAACAUUAUAUUUUGUCCAAUGAAAAUGCAUUUUUUUCUCAAGUUUUCCAAUACAUAUAUUUCAGUUAGUCAGCAGUCAGCCGUUAUUGGUUUAUAUCAAGUGAAUCGGUAUAUAUAAACAGUAACUUGGGCAGUUUGUUGGUAGUUUACAUAAUAUAAUGUAGACCACUUAAAAUUAAAGAUUGUUGGUAUGUACUUACACAAAAUAAAUGGUUCUGAUCUUAAAUCAUUACUUAAUGUUCAAAAUACUAAAUACAAGAAUCUGCUGUAAGACUGUGUUUGGAGGCAAUUUAAUUGAGUAUCCAAAUUAGAUAGUAAACAGUUCAUUUUAGUGAUAUAUGUCAUGUACCCUAUGGAUGUUAAUAGUGAAGUAUGCUUUGCUGUUUUAAACCGACUUUCAGUGACAAUUUUAUACAGCUAGUGAUUAAACGGUAACGAUUCAAAUAUUACUCUAUUUUUGUGUAUAACUAUUUAAAACCAAACUAUUUAAACAUCGUAAGAACUAUGAACCAAAGACGCUUAAUCACGCAUGCGCGAGAGUGUCAAACGUGUAACUCACAGGGGGUAGACAAUGAGUUUCACUCCCUUCCUUCCUAAGAAGACUAGUUAAAAUACACUUUACGGUAAAUCCCAUGCAUAUGAACCGUUACAGUUGUUUAAAGCUGCACAUCACACAAAUUCACCGUUUUUACAACUGUUUUUAUUUUUUGUCCUGGAAUGAGAAAAUGUGUGCAUAAAUAUCUGCAAACCGGAAAUAAAAGACUGCUGACAAAAAUCAGAUCGCAGAUUUUCAUAUUUCCAUUCGAGAAUUAAUGUUUAAUGGCUAAAAGCGUUACUAACGGUUUAAAGCUGCACGCUCACAGAUUUACCGCUUUUACAACUAUUUUUUUAUUUUUUUGUCUUUGAAAGAGCAAAUUUUUGAAUAAAUAUCUGCAAACUAAUGACAAAAGUAAGCUGACAAAAGAUCAGAUCGCAGAUUUUCAUAUUUCCGUUCGAAAAUAAUGUGUUAUGGUUUAAACCGUUACUAACGGUUUAAGAAAAAUGCGUGAAACAUCAAUUUUUGAACUUAAAUAUAUAAAUCUGUGAUCUAUUUUUUUGCCAGCAGUCUUUUUUAACUGGUUUCCAUGCAUUUUCCCAAAAAUUGGCUCGUCCCAAGACAACAAAAUAAAAAAGUUGUCAAAACGCUCAAUCUGUGAGAGUGCAGCUUUAAGAAAAAAUCAUAAAUAAAUAAGCAUUUUUUACAUGCAGUUUUGCAUAAAUUUGCUGGUUCCAAGACAAAAUAUAAAAAAUGUUGUCGAAAUGUUCAAUCAGUGAGAGUGCAGCUUAAAAUAUUAAUAUAUUAAUAUUAAGAUAUGAUUUCAUGCUCGUUAAUUUCAAAAGGUAGAUUAUUGUUUAUUGUACGUAAUGAAGUUGAAAUGUAUACAUAUAUAUUUAUUUCAUUUUCCUUUUCAAUUCUAUUUCAACAUAAACAUAUAAAACGUCACAAACAUGCAUAUCAAAAUCACUUACCGUAAUAUUUUUCCUGUACAUGUAUAUUACGCCCUAGGUAUUUACAUUUACGCCCUUAGAUUGAAAGGGAAGAUGUUUUAUAAACUGUUAUCAAUUGUAUUUGUCAACCAUUGUACACUUUAUGCUUCACUGGUUUACGACCUACUGGUUUAUCAUAAAUAAAACUUGAAACUUAAAGGCCUAGUUUAAGCAAUGUUUGGCAUGAUGAUUCCCUGCCGUGCAUCUCCUGUUAAAUGCAGUGGUGUCGCAGUAGGGGCCAAUUUCCUGUGUGUUUGUUUAUUGGCCCAGGGCCAUAAAGGGUUGACUAUUUCUAUAACCAAACUUGAACUGCACAGCAGGAUACUCAAAUCAGAGAUCUGAUAGACAGCACAAGGCAAUAAAGGUUAAGAUCAAAACACAGAAGUUGUGUACUAUACACAGUUUUAGGUCACUUAUAGAAGGCUUAAACUAGGCCUUUAAAUGCUGGGCAUCUUCUGCUAAUUGCACUGGUGUCACAGUAGGGACUAUUUUCCUGUGUAAUCGUUUAUUGGCUCAGGGCCAUUAAGGGUCCAUUUCUAUAAUAAAACUUCUAAAACUGCACAGCAUACUCAAUGCAAGUAAAUUAAGAUCAAUAAACAGAGGUUGUGUACUAUACACAGUUGUUUUUUUUUUGUGUUUUUUGUUGUUUUGUUGUUGUUGUUGUUGUUGUUGUUGUUGUUGUUGUUGUUUUUGGGGGCCACUUAUAGAAGGCUUUAACUUGGCCUUUCAAAUGCCAAAUGCUACUGAACUAUCGUGUUAAAGAGCGUUCGAUAGAAUUAUAAUACUCAUGUCAAUUCAUUCUUAUUGAUGUAUCCAACAUCAUUGUAUUUCCUGUCUCAGUCUUGACGUGAAAUGAAAUAGGUUUUCAUUUGUUAAUAUGUGUUUAUAUUUUAUAUGAUUUGUUCAUAUAGAAACCAUGUAUAGUUUAAGUAAAUACAAACUUUGUUCUGUUUUAAUGUUGGCAAACUAUUUAAAGUGACGCUCUUAUUCAAAAUCAAUACACACACAUGCAUAACAAACAGUUUUGACUACCACUUACGAAAUCAUGCAUUUAUGGAAAAUAUUAAUUAUAAUAAGAUAGUAACGGUGUAUUUAUUAGCAGAAAGCUUAAAGAUUUAUUUCGGACUAUAGUCUCAUAAGUUAGAAGUACUGUGUUUUAAGCUUAUUUCUUUCAAAUUAAGCGCAAACAUAUUAAAUGAUUGGUGAAUGUUAAUAGAUUUACUGUGGUGUACUAUAGUCUCAUAAGUUAAAAGUACUGUGUUUUAAGCUUAUUUCUUUCAAAUUAAGCGCAAACAUAUUAAAUGAUUGGUGAAUGCUAAUAGAUUUACUGUGGUGUACUAUAGUCUCAUAAGGCAGAAGUACUGUGUUUUAAGCUCAUUUCUUUCAAAUUAAACUCUGUAUCCUUCAAAAGAAUCAUUGUUUUCGACAUUUAUUCAUCCUUUUUGGAAUAUUAAAAAACACUAUUAUUAAUUGUUGUAAAUUUUAUUUGGGAGUAAGAGUGCAUCUUUAACUUCUUAGUUGUAUCUGACACAUAAAUGGGCAUAUGUUUGUGGGCUAAAUUAUACAUCAAAUACACGGGCAUUCAUUUGUAAAUAUUCGUGUUUUGUGCUAUUAGUAUUAGUUUCAGUCAGUUUAUAUUUAUUUCAUUAUCAUUUGUUUUCUUUGUUUACAUUAAAUAAUUUAUUAUUUAUCGAAACGGUCAUGUUUUAUUUAUUCAACCAUUAUUUACCUCAUGUUAUUUUAUGUUGAGAACCAAGCGAUUGAUUGUUUUUAUGGGUGUAAAU